UUGAGAAGAAAAAAAAAACUAAAACGGCUCCAAAUUAAAAACAAAAGAGAGACAGAGAUCAAGAAACAGAGAGAUUCUCUCAAAAUGGCCACCAUUAGAGUACCAAACCAAGUUCCUUCUCCAGCUCAGGAUUCUGAAACUCUCAAUCAAGCUUUUCGUGGAUGGGGAACAGAUGAGAAAGCGAUUAUACGAGUUUUAGGACAAAGAGAUGAGAGCCAAAGAAAGAGAAUCAGAGAAAGUUACAGAGAGAUUUAUGGCAAAGAUCUUAUCGAUGACCUCUCCUCUGAAUUGUCUGGUGAUUUCAUGAAAGCUGUGGUUUCGUGGACGUAUGAUCCAGCUGAGAGAGACGCAAGGCUUGUGAACAAGAUUUUGAAGGAUAAGAAGAAGAAGAAAAGCUUAGAGAAUUUGAAGGUUAUAGUUGAGAUCUCUUGCACAACUUCUCCAAACCAUUUGAUUGCUGUGAGGAAAGCUUAUUGUUCUCUCUUUGACUCAUCUCUUGAAGAAGACAUUGCUUCUUCUCUGCCUUUUCCUCUUGCAAAGUUUCUGGUGACAUUGGCAAGUUCAUUCAGAUAUGAAAAAGAUAAGACUGAUGCAGAAGUAGCUACUAUUGAGGCGGCUAUGCUACGUGAAGCCAUAGAGAAGAAGCAAUUAGAUCAUGAUCAUGUCCUGUAUAUAUUAGGAACUCGUAGUAUCUACCAGCUCAGAGAAACUUUUGUUGCUUACAAGAAGAACUAUGGGGUCACAAUUGAUAAGGAUGUUGAUGGAUGUCCAGGAGAUGCUGAUCUGAGAAGUCUAUUGCAGAUGGCAAUCUUUUGUAUUGAUACUCCUGAGAAACACUUUGCAAAGGUUGUAAGAGAUUCGAUUGAGGGUUUUGGAACAGAUGAGGAUUCAUUGACGAGAGCGAUUGUGACGCGUGCAGAGAUCGAUUUGAUGAAAGUAAGAGGAGAGUAUUUCAACAUGUAUAAUACAAGCAUGGAUAACGCUAUCACUGGUGAUAUUUCUGGAGACUACAAGGACUUCAUUAUCACCUUACUUGGAUCCAAAAUCUGAUAUUUCUUUCGUUUCUUUGUCAGUUGUUAUAUUCUUGGCUUUGCUUGUGACUUGUAUAAUCAAUGCAUUGUAUUCCAACUCCAGUUUGAAUUGUUUUAAAAAUAAUCAAAUUGCUCUUUGAUU